GAGGGCGCAAUGUAGUCUGUGGGACAUUUAAGAAGAGUGUCAGGCGGAGUAUUUGAUAUCGGUGGAUUAUAGAGGGGAAGAGAAAGAGGAAUCAUCAUGCAGUACCAGCAGCACCGCAGCUCCUCAUCCCUGGGGCUCAGUGUCCCCCUGUACUCGCCGACCCCUCUGCAGCCCGUGCACCCAACUCCCUUCUACAUUGAUGAUAUCCUGGGAAGGAACAGCUCGUUUAACGGGACCUCAGCCUUUCCCGCUGCAACCCUGCCAUCCCCUAACUCUUCCUUCACCAGCCUGUUUGCUACUUACCGGACUCCUAUCUAUGAACCUACUCCCAUUCACCCUGCCUUCACCCACCCGGGGGCAGCAGCCCUAGCAGCUUCCUAUGGAGCCGGCACCUAUACCCCCCCUCUGUACCCCUUCUCCAGGCCACUCAGCGACUUCACCCACGCCCUCAUCCGACACGACUCUCUGGGAAAACCCCUGCUCUGGAGCCCCUUCAUCCAGAGGCCUCUUCACAAGCGCAAAGGCGGACAAGUGCGUUUUUCCAACGAUCAGACCAUUGAAUUAGAGAAAAAGUUCGAGACACAAAAAUAUUUAUCGCCCCCUGAGAGGAAGCGCCUGGCUAAACUGCUCCAACUCAGCGAGAGACAGGUGAAAACCUGGUUCCAGAACAGAAGAGCCAAGUGGAGGCGACUCAAGCAGGAGAACCCACAGGGAAAUAAUAAAGACGAAACCGAAAGUCUAGAGAACAUCUGCGAAAAGAGUCAGGAGAGGUGUUUAAGCGCCGAGCAGAAGAGCAGAGAGUCUUCCCUGGAGGAUCCCACCUCGUCGCCCAUCUCCCAAGAGAACCUGGAUUCGGAGGUGUCCGACGAUUCCGAACAGGAGGUGGACAUUGAAGGCGAUAAAGGAUAUUACAACUGUGCACAUUAAUUGCUGUUCGGUAAAAGAUGGACCUCUAUUCGGCUUGCACUUUAACAGAAGCUGGACCAAGCUUCCCGGUGACUUAGGUUAAGGCAGGGUUUGUCAGACUUUUUCAGUUCAAGCUGCCAUUGGAGUUCCAACCUUUAUUCAGGGCCGCCUUAUUCAUGACAAGGUUAUAGAUAUAGGAAAACGGCAGUGUAUCAGUCAUUUAACCAUAAUUCCAAAAAUAUCUCAGGCAAAAAAUAUAUUUUCCACUUAAACCUCAUCCUAUUGAACCUUAAAUUUGGCGGGCAUGUAAGAGAGCAAAUAGGCAUUCUCAGGGGCGUAACUACAGAGGAAGCAGACCCUGCGGCUGCAGGGGGGCCCAGGAGGUACAGGGGGCCCCAUGAGGCUCUCAUUGAUGAGCAA